AUGAAUACAAAAUCAACCAUGUCAAGGACUCCGAUGACGAUGUUCUUUCCCGACGAUCUCAUCAUUGAGAUUAUUACGUUACUUCCUGUUAAACCUCUUCUUCGAUUCAAGUGUGUAAGUAAUUCUUGGAACACUCUCAUUUCCAAUCCUACUUUUGUGAAAUUACAUCUCAAGAAAUCAAAAACAUCACCAAAUCAAAAAUUCACAUUAAUCACUAAUCACCUCAAACCUUUAGAGGGAGAUUAUAGUUUUGAUAGUGAUUGGAGUAUGGUUCCAUAUCCUAUAAGUCGUUUACUAGAUAAUCCGUCGGCUACCUUUAUCGUUGAUUCUUAUUAUCUUUUGGAUAAAGAAUACUCUAUUGCUGGUUCCUGCAAUGGAUUGAUUUGUCUCGUUGGUCAUAAUUUCACUAAUAUGUAUAGUGAAUAUCAAGAGUAUUGGUUGCAAUUAUGGAACCCAGCCACUAGAAAAAUAUCUCAAAAAAUUGGAUAUUUUCGUGAGUUACACAGUUAUGUCUUCAAUUUUGGAUGGGAUGAUUCCGCAGACACGUUUAAAGUAGUUGCAUCACGCUACGUUCAUGAUGGACAUACAAGCGAGGUGAGAGUUUUCACUAUUGGGAAAAAUGUUUGGAGAAAUAUUGAAAAUUUACCCGUGGUUCCCCUUGGUUUGGAGUUGCGUGGGAAACGUAUAGAUAAGGGGUAUGAACAUGGUUGUGUUGUUUCAAAUACCACUAUUAACUGGUUGGCUAUUCACAAAGAUGUCUCGUUCAAUUGGAGUUAUGAUGUAAAGGACAUGACUAUUGAGGACCUUGUUAUUGUUUCACUUGAUCUAGGAAUGGAGACAUACAAAUGUUAUCGGUUGCCUCCCAUAGAGCUGCCACAUGAAGAGCCAAUUAUUGGUGUGUUAGAGGAAUGCCUUUGUUUGUGUUAUUCUUAUAAGAGAACUGAUAUUGUUAUAUGGCAGAUGAAGAAAUUUGGGGUUGAAAACUCUUGGAUUCAAUUUCUUAAAAUUAGUUAUCAUAAUCUUCAACUAGACUACCAUCUUUCAUUUUUGCCAUUGUUUCUUUCUAAGGAUGGUGAUACACUAGUAUUGUGCAGCUCUCAUAACGAGGAAGCAAUUCUAUAUAAUCAGAGAGAUAAUAGUAUGCAGCGAAUAGAAGUUAAAGUGCAUAAAACUAUUAUUGAUGAUGAAACUCAUAACUCUUUAUGCUUGACCAUGGCCCAGGAUUAUGUUGAAAGCUUAAUUUCAAUUUGUUGA